UGUUUCAAUCUUUCAAGUUCUAGUUCAUAUUCGCAGUGUUUACAUAUGACAGACUUUUAAAAUGGUGUCAAAAAUAAGUUCAUUUAUUUCGUUGGCUAUAAUUUUGAUGAUCAUUGGUAUUGGAGCAGAACCGUCUUCUGAAAUAUCAGAAGCCGAUGUAAAAGCUGGACUUGCUUUGUUAGAAAAAACUGUUUGUGGAAAUGUUGAUUUGGAUGCUGAAAAGGGAAUCGAUGAUGUCAAUAUCUCCAAUUACCCGUGGACCGCCUUGAUAAUUUAUAUGGAUCGUGAUGAGAAGAAACCACUUUGCGGUGGAUCAUUGAUUCACGAAAGAUAUGUUCUAACUGCUGCACAUUGUGCUCGCGUUCAUGGAGAAAGUCUAAAACUGGUAAGCGUCCGCUUAGGUGGUUUUAAUGUCGACACUCAAAUCUGUGAUAAAUCAAAGAAAUGUGGACCACGAGUACAAGAAAUUGAUGUAGAAAAGGUAAUUCAUCACAAAGACUAUAAUGGCCGUAAACUCUCCAAUGAUAUUGGUCUUGUUCGACUUGCCAAAAAUGCUGAAAUUUCUACAAAUGUUAAACCAAUUUGCUUACCAAUAAAACCAGUUUCAACACCAACUGAUUUCAGUGAAAUGAUAAUGUUAACCGCUGGAUGGUCUGUUUUUGAAAAUCGUCGAAAUAGCAAAAAUAAUCCUGGUAUUCUAGAAAUGGCUGCUAUUUCAGUAAAACCUAUUGAAUACUGUAAAGAACAUUUCGAUAAGUUACCAUUGAACAAAAACGAAAUAUGUGGUGUUGGAAAUACUUGCAAAGGAGAUUCUGGUGGACCAUUGUUUAAUCGUUCUAAGGAUGGUGAUAUGCUUUACACACAAUAUGGCAUUUCUUCAGGUGGUGACAUUUUAUGUGAUUCAAAUAGCACUGGAGUCUUUGUUAAUGUUGCGGAAUAUUUGCCAUGGAUUGCUAGCAACUUGAAAGAAUCUUAAAAUGGAUUUAAUGAAAAAUCGAUCUCAAAAAUGGGUUUUUCGAUUGUAUCCGUGUUUGAUAGUAAGUUUUUCGUUACAAUCUUAGAGUAAAAGUUUCAGAAAAGAAAUUACAGUAUUAAAAUGUUCAAAACUCUACUUUUUUUAAGUGAA